GGAACAAACAAAUUCCUGUGCCCUGAGGACCAACAGACAUUCUCAUCAUUUUGCAGUUAUGUGGGUUAAAGCGUUGUUUUAUUUUCUCUAUUUAUAUCAGGCCUUGGUUCCUUGUUCAGUUCCUGAGCAGCUGCCUGUCAACACUAUUGAUCGCCAGCAGUAUCUGGGGAAAUGGUACUUUAAAGCAGCAGUCAGUCACAGAGAGGCUGACAUCCAGAAGUUCAAAGCAUUGGACAACCUGUGGUUCACCAUGGAGGAGCCGGUCAAUGCCACACUGCUGCUGACUGGACAUAUGCGCAUAGGAGAUGACUGCAUAAAUGAGACCUGGACCUAUCGUAUACAUCCUGAGAGGGAUGAUAUGGAACUGGAAGGCAGGCCAACGCGGAGGAACCUUCUCUGGAGCGGCAAGUGGGUCAACUGUCCCGAGUGCAUCAUUUUACAGGAAAUAGAACCUCCCCUAAAGGAGACAGACUCAGAGGAUUCCCUCAGCAGAUUCAUGCUGUACGCUCGCCAGAGUGACGUCGACUCCAAGGUGGUGACGGCAUUUCUGAAAAACUACGCUUGUCAAAAUGUGCUGCAAAGUGUCCAACUAUCUCAAGAGAAAGAGUUUUGCAACUAAAUUUUAACAUCGAGGAAGUUGCAGGAGCCAUGAACAUCUUGGAUGACAAUAAAAUGACUUCAUGUUUUCAAUGCGUCACAGUGAAACAAAUAAAGCAAAAAUGCAAACAAUCCUUCAGGGAAUGCAUUCAUUUA